CACACACUGUUUCAGGCAUUGAAGCACUCUUUGCAGUUCAUAUCCCCAUUCCUAUUCAUGCUUCUGACCAGGUCUUUAUGUGGUAUCUCAAAGGUCCUCCAUCUCCUGUGAUCAUCGAGGGGAAGUGAUUCAUCACCACUCUAAAACCCACGCAGUGUCAGGGAGGGCUUGGAUAUUACCUCAGAAACAGGAGUAACACUUCUUGAAUGCUCUGGUAACUAGGAGGGUUUGGGGAGGAAACUCUGGGAUCUUGGUGACAAGGUUCCUUCUGUUGAGUCCCAGAGCCUGGAUGCUCCUGGGGCAAAAGGAUAUCAAAAGGCAGAAGUGCUGACAGUGAUGGGAGGUUCCCUGCCAAAAGAGGAAGCAUCCUGCAUCUCAUGAGGAGAUGUGUCUGUUUCCUUCCUGUGGUUGCAGCCUUGCAGUCAGAUACGGAUGCCUGGGCUCAGAGGCAGUGAGUGGGGCUCAGAUUUCAGUCCUGUUUGGGGAUUUCAUGCUAGGAUGGCCCUGCAGUCACCAGCUCUGAAGUUUCUCCUGGCCCUUGCAUCUCUACUGUCAGCACAUGGCCAGGAAGAACUUUUCAACAUUCAAAUAGUGCCCCAGGGAACAGAAAUUUGCCGAAGGCCCCCAUGGGACUCCAGACUCCAGUUGGCACCAGACCAGAAGAAUUAUGCAAAGAAUCAAGAAGUGUUGCUGAGCUGCCCUGAAGGAUUCCUGCCAUCCUUCACCCAUGUUAAAUGUUCGAGUGAGAUUUCAUCUUUCAAUCUCGGGAAACCUGUUUACAGAGAAGUGUGGACUGGAAGAAACUCCAGAGGUGCCUGGGUCCGUGUUCGCUCCAGUGUGGAGUGCAAUGAAGUCCUUCAGGUUGACUCUCAGAGCUUUGAGAUUUCCAGCACCAGCAUCAAACUGAAGUGGACCUGCAGGUUCCCUGAUGCCUGCCAGGGCUUGAGGGCCAUGUGCCGGCUGGUAGCGCCUUCCUCCCCUCCCUGUCAGGCUGAGGAGGUGAAAGGAGAGCAGAUGUUACACGGCCAGGAGGGAACAGUCACCUGCUCCCCUUUGCAGCCCUUCACUGAGUACAGUGUCACCAUCGACUUGCCCCCCAACACAACCCUUUUCUCAUGGUUGUUCAUGACGGAGCAAACAGUGCCGGACAGACCGGAGAAGCUGUGGCUGGAUCCCGACAGGGGCUCUCUCAGGUGGAACUCGCUGCCUUCCUGCAAGGGGGAGAUCAUCGGAUACCAGCUGAACAUCACGGCCAGGAAUGCAGGGGACAGCAGCGUGCUGGAGACGGAGCGGCUGCGGCUCAAUGGCUCCGUCACUGAGCUGCGGCUGCCGGAGCACAGCCCUGGCAGCAGCUACACCGUGACCAUCCAGGGACUGACGGCUGCUGGAGCCGGGGCUGCCUUGCUGAAGGAGUUCCACACAGGCAGCAGCUCCGACACCCCGCGGCCCCGGGACAUCAGCUGCCGCAGCGCCCGCGACACCGCCCCGUCGCAAGGCACGGCCGUGCUUGCCCUCAGCCCCAUCGCCCGUGGCUCCGAGGCAGCCAGCGAGCACCAGCUGAUCGUGGUCCCGACGCACAACGGCUCGGUGAUCGAGAGCAUCUGCUCGGGGCAGCCACAGCUCCUCAAUGCCAGCGUCUACGUGGCCGCUCUUCUCAACCUCACCGUCCCCACGAACUUCGUGCUGGGCGACGGGAGCCGCGGGCGGGGCGAGCACAACGCUGCCCUCCGCCCGGGCAGCGACUACACGGCCCUGCUGCGCCUCGUCCGCCUCUCGCCGCAGGCAGAGAAGUUCACCUGUGUCUGCUACAGCUUCUCUGUUGUUGCAGGGCAGACUGCAGGGCAGACUGCAGGCCAGUGGCAUGGGAUUGUGAUUGGAGUGGUUGUGCUGUUGGCAGUGCUCCUUGUGACUGCAGUCAUCCUGUGGUUUGUGCUCUCCAGAUAA